AUGGCCGCCGCCGCGGGCCUCCGUCCCGCCAUAGCCUCCGCGCGUCGCGCCUCCGCCUCGCCAUGGCCGCCGCGCCGCCAGAGUCGAGCCGAGACGCGCCGCCUCUGCUCCGGUUCCCCUGAGUGCACGGCCGCGGUGCUCGCCCCGGCCCCGCCCUCUCCCAGCCGAGCAGAGCAGAGGCGCGAGGCCCCGCGCGGGCCUCCGCCACGACCUGGAUCCAUCGAGGGAGGUAGGGUGGACAAGCGGAGGAGGAGCGGCCUGGGUGCCGUGCGGAGGGGCUCGCGGGCGGAGGGGCGGCCGCGAGGAGCGGGGGCCAUCUUGCCGCUGGUCACCUCCGCCUCGUCCUCGCCCGAAUCGAGCCGAGGAGCCUCACCGCGAGCAGGGGCUAGAGCAGAACCGAGGAGCCCCGCCGGGGCGCACAGGGCCAGGCGAGGCAGCAGCAGAGGCGAGCCAGCACGAGGGCCAGGCAAGGCCGGCGGCGGCGGGGGAGGAGCUCGCCCGGUGGGGGAGCAGGCCGACGGCGGCGACAUGGGGGAGGAGCUCGCCCGGUGUGGGAGCAACGCGGUGGAGGUGAGGUUGAAGGAGAAGCUGACGUGUGGGCCCCACACGUCAGUGAGGGAAGGGAGAGAAGUAGCAGGGGGUAUUUUGGACCAUACGAAAAUACACGGGUCUGCGAGUGGGUCCAAGAGCAUCAAAGACGUAUAA